AUGGUGCUCCGAAAGCCUCCCCCGCCACGUUUGGAGAACCUUAAUAAGUGGAAUGCUCGUUCAGCUUCCCCGACAUCUCCCUCGAAAUACUCUCCUUCGAAGCACCGGGCCCGCCUGAAUCGAGCUCCCUCCGAGGACUCUAUCUACUCUCCCGACCUCAAUACCUCCCCGGCAUUCGACCUGAUGCCGCUCGAAGAAGCUCAGAGGUCCCCGGUUGGCUCUCCGGCCAGCCACCCGCCAAAUCCUUGGACCGAGAGUUUUGGAGACCCGGCCAAGUAUGAGUACCCAGCCACACAAGCACAGUCAUCCUAUCCCAUAGAUGCUGAAAGUGGUGGACAAUGGAUCCCAUUGCCUUUGCAGGCGGGCUCACAUGCGACGGAGAAUGGCUGGCACCAAGCAGCACAGCCAGCCCCCCCAGGUCACAAUGGCUCAACUGGAGAGAUUCCCGUGCCACUCCAGUCAAACAACCCAUUCUUGAAGCCACGGACCGCCAAUGUGCGCCAGAAUUCGUCAGAUUCCAAUGAUUGGAACGAUCGCCAUUCGCAUACUACAGCCAGUAGUGACCCUCUCAGUCAAACCGAAGGAUACAUUCCUAUGACUGCUCGCCUCUCCUUGCUGGACUCUUCGGAGCAACAAGAGUCUCCGUGGGCUGAUCACGAACCUCCUCACGCCGGCGGAACUGCCCACCCGAUCUCGGUGGACCCGCCCCACGACCCAUCCCCGUGGGGUUCACAACAUUCGAUCAAGAUAUCGGCGGCGCAAGAAAUCUAUCUUCAGGGUGGUCAAAUCAGCCCCUACGCACCACCCGUAGUGGUACAGUCCUCUAACGAUCCGGUGGACUCUUAUGGACUACAACCGCCAUAUGCAGAGGGUAGACUUGGCUCAGAUGCGGGUAUCAACACCCCUUCUAUGAUUUCCACUGCAACAUCUGCAACGUCACAUGAAUUGAUUGAUUUGGAAAUCCCGAGCGGCGCACUGGGAGUGGAAAUGGGAUCUCAGCAGGGCAACUCAUCCAUGUACUCAGAGGAGACUGGAGGGAAAGGCGAAAAGUCACAGUUGGACUCCCAAGUACCACCGGGGGAGGAGUCCCUCCACUACCGGCCAGGGACGUUGCGCACGAAAGAAAACCUUUCUCCCGCUGAGGCAGCACGGCAAAAGGAGCAGCGAGCGGAGACCUACUCGAUCCGCCAAAUUAAUUGGACCAAUCGAGAGGGAUCUUUACUACAGUCGCCGAUCCUGGUACAGAACAAAAAUGGACCGUGCCCUCUGCUUGCUCUUAUCAACGCCCUCGUUUUGCGCGCCGAUCCAAAUUCACAGCCGCCCAUUGUCAGAGCAUUGAAAACUCGCGAGCAAAUCUCACUGGGACUAUUGAUCGAGGCUCUAUUCGAAGAGCUGACUACUUGUCUGGGCCCAGAUGAGGAAUUUCCAGACAUUGAGGCACUCACGCAAUUUCUCACUAUGCUGCAUACUGGCAUGAAUGUGAAUCCACGUUUGACAUUGGAAACCGUGGAAUCUCUUGGUACUUUCCUUCAAACCCCAGACCUUCGCUCGUACAGCACAUUCGGUGUACCUCUCAUUCACGGCUGGCUCGCCUCGUGGUCAAGCCCCGAACAUAUCGCCAUGACUCGAAUCGCUCAGUUUCACGAGGAUGUCCAACUAUUACCUUUUCGCAAGCAGGAUAUUGAAGAUCGCAUCAUGCGAGGGGAGUCUUUGACCCCAGAGGAAGAGCAAAACAUGGCAGACAUUCAGGCUAUUCAAAAUUUCGUGGACAUUGAGAACGCAACCCAGUUAAGCCCAUUCGGCUUGACACAGCUAUCGACACGGUUGGCCCCAGGAUCUGUCUCUAUUCUGUUCCGCAACGAUCACUUCUCGACUCUAUACAAACACCCCCAAUCCCACCAGCUCUUCACCCUGGUAACCGAUGCAGGCUACGCAAACCAUGCAGAGGUCGUGUGGGAAUCCCUGGUCGACGUGACUGGCUUCAACUCGGAAUUCCUAGCAGGCGACUUCCGUGCUGUUGGCCACGGUCCCUCCAGCUCGGCGGGCCCAACUAGUCCGGCUGGUCCACGCACUUCGAGUGCUGCAGCUCCUGAUGCACCAUCCAACAACGAGGCCACUCAAGGACCGUUGACACCGCAAGAACAGAGUGAUGCAGAUUACGCCUACGCCCUCUCACUUCAAUUCCAAGAAGAGGAACAGCGAGAACGUAACGAAAGCCAACAGAACGGUGAUAGUGGCGCUGGAAAUGGCACUGGCCGUGCCAACCGCAACUCAGUACCCGUUCGCUCGACCGAACCUGCAGCUCGCAUGGACAAUCCGCCUGCUCGAAGCUCUAGCACCGGUCUGAGAACUCGACCACCGCAAGUCAAUGCGGCCGCUGAUGACCCCAAUGCACCUCCCCCUCCCUACGAACAAGCAGCUGGCGGCCCGCGAUAUUCGCCUCCUGAUAGAAGGCCCACUUUUGAUGACAUUCAAAUCGAUCCGUACACGGCGAACAACCGGAACUCACGGAAUCGAUACUCGCAGCCGGCAAUGAAUACGAACCGGUACAGCAAUGAUCGGAAUAGAAACAAAGAUUGCAUCAUGAUGUGA